AUGGUUUCUUCAUUAUGGCUGUUGGGGGCACUCUGUUGUCUGACGUUGCUCACAGGCCUUCUGGAGGCCAAGUCUCUUUUAAACACCAUCAAGCAGGAUGAGAUGGUACCCGUCAGUUCUGUUGGUAUUAACUCAGAAACAGCGAAUGGCUUUCUGAGUCACUCCAGACCGAAGCGUAACGUGGACCCCAGGUGGUACAGAGGAAACCCAGACUUCCAGUCUUACUACCGCUACUACAGCAGCAUCGGACACACUGAGGGGCUCUACGAGAUUGACAAGCUGCGGAUGCUCUACCAGCAGAUGAGGUCCCUGGAGCACACCUAUGGCCCCGACGCUUCCCAUUACCAGAGCAAGCUGGGAGUGCCGAUGGUCGCGUGUGACCCAGCCACAGACAAGAAGUGCAAAAUCGCUCCUCCUCCUCCUCCAAUGAAAGGGGGACCAAAGCCCACAGAGCCCCCAGCAAUCCCUCCUGCUCCAGCCAUUUCCCAGGCUGAUGUUCUCUUCUUGUGCAACAGGAAAGACCCCCUCUGUAAGCCCCACAUCGUCUACCUGCCUAGCGGCUCCGUGCCCGUGCUCUGCGACCGCUACCACCCCCACUGCACCCCCCAGCAAGCCCCAGCUCCAGUCGCAGUGCCCCAACCACUUCCCCCUGCACCAAAGAAGUCAGCCCCACCUCCACCUCCACCGGUCCUUGUCAAGAAGUCUCUCCCGGUCCCCAUCCGCACCUUCAAGGGCAUGGAGUACGACUGUGACCCUUACUGGGACCCUGAUUGCCUGAUUGAACAUCCACCCAGGCCCAUGAAGGGGACAAUCGUGGUCCCCCCGCCGCCACCACCCCCAGCUGUGAAGGGGGAAAAGAAAGUGGAACCAGUGGAGGAGCCAGCUCCCAUUACUCCCAUGAAGAAGAAAGUAAGCCUCUACCCUUACUACUACCACCCUAUGCCCUACAACCCCAGGGAUGAUCUGUACGACCCAGCCCGCUUCCAGUACCCACAGCCCUCUGUUGCUGUCGAUGAGCCUGCAGAGUCGGGCCACAGUCAGUAA